AUGAAUCUCCUAUUCUGCCUAUUCUUGUUACUCAUCCCAUGUUCCAUCUCGUACCCACGCCGAUCGGCCUAUAAUCUGAAUCAUCUUCUUCAAAGAUACAUCCAACAACAUGAUGCCGAUUUAGAUGAAUCUCACAGAAAAUUUGGUUCUCCAAGACAGCAGUUAUACCGAAUAAUGCCAUUACAUUAUCAACAACAACAACUACAACAACAGCAGCAGCAGCAAAAUCAAAAUCCAAUAUGUCUACCACAAGUAUGGACAUGUGGAGUAGGUCUACCGCCGUGUUGUGCCGGUCUAAUGUGUUAUGAUGGCAAUGCUAAACGUGGUCGGUACUGUGUGGCCAAGGGAUAA